CCAGCGUUGUGUCUAAGCUGAUUGCCAUGAAUGAAGGAUGAGGAAAGAAAAAAUCUCAGCUGGCCAAUCAUAAAUUCAAAAUAUGUACAUACUGUAGUUGGACCUGCCCUGUGGUUAUUUUUUCUACACACCUUCAAUAAACACAGAUGAAUAGUGUCAACAUUAAUCCAGAUCGUCCUCUUUUAGUUGGCCCAGAAACUCCCAAAGAGCCUUUUCCUUUUGCUUUGACAGGUACUGUCGUAAAAGGCUAUGGCCGAGGUUCAAGAGAAUUGGGCAUUCCAACCGCCAACCUAUCUGAAGAGGCUAUUGAUGCUCUUAUCUCUGGCUUAGAGACUGGUAUUUAUUAUGGUUGGGCACAAAUUGGACAGGUUGGAACCCAAGUUUAUCCCAUGGUUAUGAGCUUAGGUUGGAACCCUUAUUAUCAAAAUGAAAAAAGAUCAGCUGAAGUACACAUUAUUCAUGAGUUUCCUGAGGAUUUUUAUGAUGAGUCUAUUCGUGUGUUAGUCUUGGGAUAUAUUCGACCUGAACAGGAUUAUCCUUCACUUGGUGCUCUGAUUACUGAUAUUAAGACAGAUAUUGAAGUAGCAAAACAUUCAUUAAAGAGAAAGGUGUACGCAGAAGCAAAAGAACAUCCAUUGUUUUAUAAAAUAAAAUCCGCUUUAGAUUGAUUAUGAAUACACCAA